ACAGAUUCAAUACAUGUAAAUUGCGUUUGGCCCGAUGUUCGCCAACACUAUUCAACAAUUGUUUACUUAAAAGUUUUCGACGAAAGAUGUAGUAUUUUUAAGGCGCUUGUCCUAAAAUCCAGGAUGCCAGAGAGAGAGAAUCUUCCUCUUGAGCUUUGGAGGGUUGUUUUGUCGUAUUUAAGCGUAGUCGAUUUGUGCCGCUGUUCGCAAGUUUGUCUCGAAUGGCGCGAAUUGGUGCGAAGUUUGGAUAGUACUCGGUGGAGAGAGCUUUUCUUAGGCACUAAGAAAUGGAGGCAUCCCAACUGGCCGACUAGUACAAAGAAAGAUCCCUCAUCUUGGAAAGAGACGUAUAAGAUACAUCAUUUAACCUCAAAGCAGUGGAUAAAUCGAAGUAUUGAAGUAAGGUGUUCUCCGUUCUUUGGUACGUUUCGAAGACGACAAGAGAGGCGAGUAUUCCACGUUGGAAAAGGGAAAGAAUACGUGACGAUACGUUCGGCGAUUGCCGUGGCUUCUCCUUACGACAGAAUUCUAGUACAUUCUGGUGUCUACGACGAGCAACAUUUCUUUGUGCUAAAAUUCCCCAUCGAAAUUAUUGGCGCUGGUGAGCUAGGGGAUGUUAUGAUUCAAAUGGCCAUCGAACAACAGUCUUCCUCCGGGCGAAUAGCUAACGUUGUGGUUCAGCCAGGGACCGGGUUACUAGCUCAAAACUCCCCUGUUAUAAUCAAGGUGGCGACGGGUCACCUCCAAGUCGAUAACUGCAUACUUGAGCAAGGCCACGUACAAGUAACCCACCCUGCCUCGGUCACCUUUCGCUACUGCAGCUUUGUCAACUCCUUUAUGAUCUUCAGAUCGGUGGUGUUCAGUAGGGUGGAGAACUGCGAGUUUAAGACAGACGACACAUCAGCCAUCGUCAUAGAGGGGUAUCCCCCUAUAACUAGACAACGCCCCUUGUCCCGUCCAGCUGAGGCAUGGAUGAUGAAAAACGGGGUAGACAACAUCGGAUUGGAGGAUUUGUAUGACUUGUCAAUCACGCGGCCGAAUCAAACCAAUAAGAAAAGACUCUCGCGACUGUCAAAAGACGUGACUCCGCCCCCUUACAGCAAAAAAGAGAUAAUCAAACCAAGGAUCUCUGUCAAGGAUGGCGACUUCCAGUCAAAGGUUACCAUAGCAACAAGCGAUCGGACCAAUCAGAGCUGUGGAGCGGCGCCGGCUGGGCAGGAGAAAUAUGAACUAGAUGUGUCGAGCCGGGAUGUUGUACGCUCCAUACACGGUUGCAUUGUAAGGAAUAAUCUAUUCAAUUCCGGCAAAGGGGCUGUGUUGGUACGCAGGCGUGGUCACGCCUGGAUCGAGGGGAACGAGAUACACGGCCUUGUUCAUGGCAUUCGGUGUCUAACUGGCGCCAAAAUCGUGGUCUUGAACAAUCGAAUUCACAACUGCGAGACAUCGGCGCUGUUUUUUCGCGAGCGCUCAGUGGGUCUGGUGGCAGGGAAUCAUAUAUUUUCGAAUAAAGAAGCCGGCAUCGAUAUACGGAGCUGUUCUGAUCCCAUCAUUCAACACAAUCACAUCCACAGUGGAAAACGGUCAGGCGUCGUGGUGCUAGACCGCGGCCGCGGACUGGUUCGAGACAAUGAUAUCUACGAUAAUAACGAGGCGGGCGUGUAUAUCCUCUACCGCGGGAACCCUGUGGUCAGGCAUAACCGCAUCUGGUCCGGGCGCGCGGCCGGGAUCGCCAUUACCGAGGAUGGGCGGGGCCAUAUAUCCCAUAAUGACAUCUGCGGAAUGGAGUGGGGCGGAGUAGAUAUUCGCAACGGCGGGAACCCUGUGGUGUCCAAUAACUGGAUCCGGGAGGGGCAUGCCGAUGGGAUUGUCAUAGGAGAAGGCGGAAAGGGAAUUGUUAUGGACAACGACAUCAGAGGAAACAGCGGUUGCGGGGUCUGGGUACUAACUAUUGCCAAGCCUGUUAUCUAUGGUAACCGAAUCGGCGAGAGUGGGGACAGCGGUAUCGCAUUUGUUAGUAACAGUGAUCUUCACCAUGACAACCAGCAGCUCACCUCACCUGUCGUCCAAUUGGACCAGGAUCAGGAGCAGCUGUUGCAACCGCUGUUCUACGAUGAGGACAUGUCGUCCUCGUCUAACUUUGAAGACCUUGAUCAUGACCUGGAGUUCAACGGCCCUCGUCCCGAUAAAAACACCGCAUCCGCCGUCAACAACAUUGUGUUCGACAACGCAGGCCACGGCAUCCACUUUUGUGGAAACGAAAGCCUUCUCAUCCGAGCUAACAGUAUCCAUAGCAACAAGGCCUGCGGUAUCUGCAUUUCCAAGCCAGCGGACAUCACCAUUCAAGACAACAGCGUCUGUCGAAACGACAGCCAUGGCAUCUGCAUCGAGCUUGGCUCAAGAGCUAGUAUCCACGGCAACGGUGUCUAUGGCAACAAGAAGUGUGGAAUGUGCGUAUCUGGGAAGGGGACAAUCAGAGAGAAUGACGUCAUGUCAAACGGUCUCCACGCUAUCCAGAUAUUCGGUCCAGGGGAUCCCUAUGUUACGCACAACCGUUUAGAGUCUGGGCACCACAACGGGGUGUGCAUUAUGGAAAAUGCCCGCGGAUUUGUGGAAAUGAACGAGAUUUUUGAGAGUCGAUCACGAGCCACUUUCCAACACAGCGAAAGCACGACAAACGUAGCUACCAACACGACCACUUCUCUAAAACUCCCCGAGGACAUCGAAUUCUGCAUUUAUAACCAAGAAACGGAACUUCACAACUUCACCGCGUAUGGGCUAGACCCAGACUUUCCUCCGCCACGCCCGUACGAGACGGCCAAGGACAUCAAAUCACCUAAGAUACCAGCGUCCCGGGUGUCAAUGACGUCACCAGCUGGCACGAACAUCGUGUCACAUUUCGGGUCAUGUCACGGGAGGACGCGCUUCUGUGUGAUCUCAUAGAAUAAGAGCGUGAUGUAUUCUGGGUAGCCCUGUGUGAUCUCAUAGCAUCAUUUAUAGAGGACUUGCGCUAAGGAAUCACGUGACCUUUUGGGUGGAAAAUUCAAGCCACAAUAAACACAGAAAUGACUGCGCCCGUCACACCAGGGAACGAUAAAAAAUCCCUUGAAAUGAAAAUAAACCAUUUAUGAAAAAACCUUUCUGGCGUAAUUCGUAAGCGCUUAAUAAGUUGCUUUUUGUUGCCGUCAUUCUGCCGCUAAAAGACUGAGCGCGCGCUAGUUUGCCACCCAAAAAGUCACGUGAUCUCUUAGCGCAAGCCCCCUUUCUGUUGGUGUUUGCUCUCCUAAUAGACUGCUCUCAAAGCAUUUAAAAUCUCAUAGCUCAAUGCUUAAAUUUUGUUAUCGUUGCUAUCUGCGCAAUUAUAUCUCAUGCUAAAACAAAGCGAGGGACUCCUUUGCUCACACCACAGGGAUUCAACCCACAGAAAACUCGUCGCUUUGGUGUUAAAACACCCUAAACAAAUGGGACGAUCGAGUUUCCCAAUCCUGGGGGAUAUUGUGAAAUAUAUAUAAUGCUAGAUUUAGAAAUUUAUGAAUUUGUGAAUAACAUUUAAAGCUGUAGGUAGAUAGAUAUUUAUUUAGAUGCCAAAAUGGCAUUUCUAUCGAAUCUCUUGACGAGAGGAUGGAGACUAAAUAUUAAAACAUACAAAGCA